AUGAGAGUCAAAUCAGACCCGACCCGAGUCAAAUUCCCGAGACCUAUAAAAGUAAAGGUAAGAUUUCCGGCACCAAUUCAAAUCACCGCCGAGCAAAUCCUCCGCGAGGCAAGGGAUACUCACAAAUCACAAAUCCAACCACCGCCGAAGCAAAAAAUCGCCGACUCAACUGAACUCGCCGAUUACCGCAAUCGCAAGCGCAAGGAAUUCGAAGGCCAAAUUAACAACAAAAAAUCGUUGGUCAAAUACGCAAAAUGGGAAGAAACUCAAAAGGAUUUCAAACGAACACGUUCAAUUUACGAACGUGCCAUAGAACUGAAUUAUCGUGACCAUACAAUAUGGGACAGGGCAGUAACCCUAUUGCCCAAAGUUAAUCAAUUAUGGUACAAAUACAUUCACAUGGAAGAGAUGCUAGGGAAUGUUAAUCUCUGCCAUAAAGAUCGAGGUGAAGAUUUGUACGAGAAAUUUGUUGCUUUUGAGAAGCGGUAUGGUGAUAGGGAAAGUAUUGAAGAUGCUAUAAUUGGAAAAGGAGGUUUGAAUAUGAAGAUGAAGUGA